AUGGUGGUCUGUUUGCUGUGCCAUGAAUGUUGUCACUUUAAAUGCAGUGGACUUUCAGGGCUAGUAGCAGAAGCUGUUUCUAAAAAUAAAAGUUUACAUUGGUGCUGUGAAAGUUGUAGAAAAUUUGGUGUAAACUAUUAUCGAUUUUUCCAAGAAACUAAAAAGAAAUUCGCCGAAAUUCAAGAUGAAGCCGUUAAAUUAAAUGAACGCAUUUCCGCAUACGGAAAAUUGUUCGAUGAUUUUAAAUCUCUAGAUAAUUUAAAAUCUCCUCCGCAAUCUUCUCCCAAACGACGUAAAUCGGCAAGAAACUUAACCCAGGAAAAACGUGAUGAUCAACCAACUGUGUCUGCGCCUCCCUGUAACACUGCAUCUGAUCCAAACGUUCCAUUAACUAAUAUUUCUGUUUCUGUACCUUCGUGUUUUAUGUUCUGCCAAUGUAACUACUAA